AUGGGAUUUAGGCCCUCGGUGCGCCUGACCCCCACCACCAUGCUGUACUCGGGGCGCUCGCAGGACGGCAGCCACAUCCUGAAAAGCGCCCGGUACCUGCAGCAGGAGCUGCCCGUGCGCAUCGCCCACCGCAUCCAGGGCUUCCGGAACCUUCCCUUCAUCAUCGGCUGCAACCCCACCAUCCUGCACGUGCACGAGCUCUACAUCCGCGCCUUCCAGAAACUGAGCGACUUCCCCCCGAUCCAGGUGCGCAGUGACGAGUCUCGUUACUGCGCGUUGCUGCGGCAGCUGCUGGAGGAUCACAAGGACGUGGUGACGCUGCUGGCAGAGGGGCUGAGGGAGUGCCGGAGACACAUCCAGGACGAGCGGCUGCUGCGGCCGUUCCUGGACAAGACUCUCACCUCUCGCCUGGGCAUGCGGAUGCUGGCAGCGCAUCACCUGGCGCUGCACGAGGACAAGCCGGAUUUCGUCGGCAUCAUCUGCACCCGCCUGUCCCCCAAGAGACUGAUCGAGAAAUGGGUGGACUUCGCCAGGGCGACGAUGGAGUCGCACCUGGACACUCCGUACAACGUCCCCGACAUCGUGGUGACGAUCGCCAACAACGACAUCGACCUCGUCAUCCGGAUUUCGGACCGGGGAGGGGGAAUUCCCCACGAUCUGCUGGACAAGGUGACCGAGUACCAUUUCAGCACGGCCGAGGCGAGCGCGCAGGACCCGCGCCUGGGGGGGCCCUUCCGGGGCCUGAUGGAGCCCAACGGGCAGGCGGGGCCCAUGCACGGGUUCGGCUUCGGGCUGCCCACGUCCCGCGCCUACGCCGAGUACCUGGGGGGGUCCCUGGCGCUGCAGUCGCUGCAGGGCGUCGGCACCGACGUCUACCUGAGGCUGCGGCACAUCGACGGCAAGGCCGAGAGCUUCCGCAUCUAGGGGGGCUUGGGGGACCCCGAAAUCCCGGGAUCGGGGCGGGGAGAGCCGGGAGAACCUUCCGGACUCGGGGUUGGGUCAUCAGAACCUUCCAAAAUAGGGGUUGGGUCAUGGAGAACCUUCUAGAAUUGGGGUUUGGUCAUCAAAACCAUGGAGAACCUUCCAAAAUUGGGUUUUGGGUCAUGGAGAACCUUCUAGAAUUGGGGUUUUGGUCAUCAGAACCUUCUAGAGCUGAGUUUGGGUGAUCAGAACCGUGGAGAACCUUCCAGACUUGGGGUUGGGUCAUGGAGAACCUUCCAGACUUGGGGUUGGGUCAUGGAGAACCUUCUAGAAUUGGGUUUGGGUCAUGGAGAACCUUCCAGAGUUGGGGUUUGGUCAUCAGAACCUUCUAGAGUUGGGUUUAGGUCAUCAGAACCUUCUAGAGUUGGGUUUUGGUCAUCAGAACCAUGGAGAACCUUCCAGACUUGGGGUUGGGUCAUGGAGAACCUUCCAGAGUUGGGGUUUGGUCAUCAGAACCUUCUAGAGUUGGGUUUUGGGUCAUCAGAACCUUCUAGAGUUGGGUUUUGGGUCAUCAGAACCUUCUAGAGUUGGGUUUUGGGUCAUCAGAACCUUCUAGAGUUGGGUUUUGGUCAUCAGAACCAUGGAGAACCUUCCAGAAUUGGGGUUUGGGUCAUGGAGAACCUUCCAGAGUUGGGUUUAGGUCAUCAGAACCAAGAAGAACCUCCCAUAUUUGGGUUUUGGUCAUCAAAACCAUAAAGAACCACCCAAAUUUGGGGUUUGGUUCAUCAGAACCACGGAGAACCUUCCAGAGUUGGGUUUUGGGUCAUGGAGAACCUUCCAGAAUUGGGUAUUGGUCAUCAGAACCAAGAAGAACCUCCCGAAUUUGGGGUUUGGGUCAUCAGAACCAAGAAGAACCUCCCAAAUUUGGGGUUUGGGUCAUCAGAACCAUGGAGAACCUCCCAGAGUUGGACUUUUGGGUUUUUGGGGUGGAGGUUCUGCGGUGGAAUCGCCCGAAGUCGGGGUUUGGUCAUUAAAAAUCACGGAGAGAUUUCAA